AUGAGGAAGAACUUCUUCACGUUCAUCGCCUUUGCCUCUUUAUUCUUCAUCCUAGUCUCGAUCACAACCUUUUGCCUGGAAACACAUGAGGCUUUCAACACCAUUAUAAACAAAACUGAGCAGGUCGUCAACGGGACAGAAACUGUGCUACAGUAUGAAAUUGAGACAGAUCCUGCCCUGACAUACGUGGAAGGAGUCUGCGUGGUGUGGUUUACAUUUGAAUUUUUGGUACGCGUUGUUUUUUCCCCCAACAAACUUGAAUUCAUCAAAAACCUUUUGAAUAUCAUUGACUUUGUGGCCAUCCUGCCCUUUUACCUAGAAGUGGGCCUAAGUGGGCUCUCCUCCAAAGCUGCUAAGGAUGUGCUUGGUUUCCUCAGGGUGGUGAGGUUCGUCAGGAUCUUGCGAAUCUUCAAGCUCACCCGGCACUUUGUGGGGCUCAGGGUGCUGGGACACACCCUGCGAGCCAGCACCAACGAGUUUUUGCUGCUGAUAAUAUUCCUGGCACUCGGCGUUUUGAUAUUUGCCACCAUGAUCUACUACGCAGAGCGGGUGGGAGCCCAGCCUAAUGACCCCUCAGCCAGUGAGCACACACAGUUCAAAAAUAUCCCUAUAGGCUUCUGGUGGGCUGUAGUCACCAUGACCACCCUAGGGUACGGGGAUAUGUAUCCACGGACUUGGUCAGGCAUGCUGGUAGGAGCCCUGUGCGCGCUGGCAGGGGUGCUCACCAUAGCCAUGCCUGUGCCUGUGAUAGUUAACAAUUUCGGGAUGUACUACUCCCUGGCCAUGGCCAAGCAGAAACUGCCGAGGAAGAGGAAGAAGCACAUCCCUCCUGCUCCUCAAGCCAGCUCGCCCACUUUCUGCAAGACGGACUUGAAUAUGGCCUGCAAUAGCACACAGGGGGACAUCUGCCUGGGCAAGGACAACCAGAUGAUGGAGCACAACAGAUCAUCAGUGUUAUCAGGUGAAGACAGUGCAGGAAGUGAGCAGCCACUCUCACCUGGUGAAAGGCUCCCUCCCAUCAGACGCUCUAGUACCAGAGACAAAAACAGAAGAGGGGGAACAUGUUUCCUACUGACAACAGGUGAUUACACGUGUGCUACUGAUGGAGGGAUCAGGAAAGUGUUGUACAGAAUUUAUCAUGGAUUUUUGACUGCUGAAAAAGGGACAAUGGAAUUUAGCCAUACCAAGGACUGUACUGGAAAGAGACUGCUGCUGCUGAAUGGGCCCUGAUAAACAACUCACGCCUUGAGGAGGUCACUGAGGCUUUACAUGGGAAGUAGAGCUCGUUAAAGAAGAUUAAAGACUGCUCAUAAGUACUGCUGCCAGAAGAAGGGGUGCCUAGUCACUGUUGAUGAGUCAACUGUAAAUAAAACGCGUAUGCAUGGAAUAUCAGUUUUUAUCUAUAUCAAGGAAAGCUGAAUUCAAGUCAUCAUUGCUAAGGCUCCAUGCAAAGACCCACACCCCUGUGUGUAUUCUUCCUGGUUCCUGCAGUAAGUUGUGCUGUGGAUCAUACAAAGACACACACUUAAUAAUGAUAGUGAUGUAACUACAUCUGUCUUGACUUCUGUCAUAAUAAUGAUAUAUUUUGCAAAGGUCACAAAUAUGAACAGAGUAGGUUUGCAUAAGUCCUUGCUUUCUCAGUUUGCCAUGACCUAUAUUUGUAUGAGUUGUAGUGGACAUUGCAAGUCUUAAGUUUACUUUUUACUUUGAUAACAGAAAUGUGACUGCAGACAAACAUCACUGACUUUGUUCACAGCACACAGUCUUCUUUCAUUGUUACCUCAAACUAUUAAGUAUUGUAAG